AUGGAACGUUUUUUCGAUGCAGAACAUGAGCCUUUUCAACAACGUUCACUCCUUCCGGAUUUAAAUAACGAUCAAAUAUUGUCAUUAGAACAAGCUUGUGAUCUAUUCAAAAGACCCAUAAAAAAGAUUGAUUCGAUGAUUAAAAGUGCCAAGAAAAAUUCGUCCAAUGUGAAACAUAAUCUGAGCAUCGAUGAAGCUGCUGCUAUUUAUCUCUUUACUAUGGAGCAAACUGAAGCGAAACAUACUGUUUACAGUCAACUAAAUCAAGCACUUCGCUCUGAGGACAAUAUUCAUUUAGAACCUUGGUAUCACUAUUUCAGACUCCUGUCCAUGGCUUUAGAGAAACUACCACCAACUAAAUGUGUAGUUUAUCGUGGUGUUCGAACCGAUGUUUGGGAACAAUACGAGCAAGAGCACGUUUAUUGGCGAGGUUUUAGUAGUUGCUCGAAGACACAGAAAAGUAUAGAGAAGCUACUCGGUAAAAAAGGUACACGUAUUCUAUUUGAAAUCCAUUGCAACAAUGGAAAAUCUAUCGGUCAACUUUCCUGCCUCGAUAAGAAUGACGAAGUUAUUCUGAUGCCUAAUAUUUACUUGAGAGUAUUGAGGAGAAUUAAUCAACAAAACGGAGUACAUGUUAUUCGUUUGCAGGAAGAGUCAGAUUCAUAUAAUUCAGAUAGUACGCCCACUAAACAGCCAUCGAUGACGAAUCAACCUCAUACAGAAAAACAGUGCUCAGGAGUGCAUUCUGCUGGUGCAUUUCGCGCAGAGCAUCCAUGGCUCGACCGCCAAUUUCAUUCUUCGAAAGGUAGUCGGUCUAUCGUCAAGCCAGACGAACUUCAAGCUCGUAUGGAUAAUCCUCCGGCAGAUAUUGAUGGUGAAAUCUACAAUCGUAUUCGUGGAUCCAUUGUUGCAAUGUCGUUGGGUGAUGCUCUUGGUGCACAUGUAGAGUUUAGGCCGCGAGAAUUUCUUGUACAGAAUCCAGUCAAACACUUAAAAGGAGGAGGAACGUGGGGCCUAGAAAAAGGACAGUUCACUGAUGAUACAUCGAUGGCUUUGUGUUUAGCUUGUUCAUUGAUAGUUCGCCACGGUUUCGUCCCUUAUGACCAAUUAGUUCGUUAUAAGUGGUGGUACAAAGAUGGUUAUAUGUCAUCAACAGGCGUGUGCUUUGAUAUAGGUGCUGCUACCCGACAAUCAAUAACUGAAUUUGAACGGCGUCAAAAGAAAUUUGCAGUUGAGUAUGGCAUUUCUCCCGACGAACUAGAUUUUCUCUCAGAUCACGAGUUACUUGAAAAGUUUGAUGUAUACUGCAGUGAAUACGGUGUGGCUGGUAAUGGAGCCUUAAUGCGCUUAGCACCUGUUCCUCUCUUCUUUUAUAAUUAUCCAGAAUAUGCCGUUGAAUUCUCGGGUAGAAGUGGGAUGAUUACUCAUGGUGAUCGAAAAGCUUAUGAUGCUUGUCGUUAUUAUGGCGCUCUAAUCGUAGCUGCUCUUCAACGUGAAUCCAAAGACGAAUUACUUAGCGCGAAUUUUUAUAGAGAACACAUCACAUGGUUCAAUAAUAUGCGCCUAUGUGAGGAAAUUGAGGAAAUUAUGCAAGGUUCAUACAAGGGAAAAAGCGGAUACGAAGAAGGAAUCCGAGGCAAAGGAUACAUUGUCAACGCCCUAGAAGCUGCUCUGUGGGCCUUCUACAAUGAUAAGGGUUCGUUUAAAAAGGGUGCACUCGCUGCAGUGAACCUCGGCGAUGAUACAGAUACAACCGCUGCGAUCUAUGGUCAACUGGCUGGUGCCUACUAUGGCUUUCAUGAACUACCAGAGAAGUGGACAAGCGAGGUGUACGCGAACAAAUUUCUGAAGUGCGUGAGCAAGUGGAUAACUUAUGAAGGAAAUAAUUGGCGACCGGAACGACCGUUUGUGACAAGUUUGCGAUCACCGUUUUCUCAAGCGAAUGAUUUUGUAACAACACGUCGUUCAGAGAACGCUGAUGCGGAUGUCAUGUCACAUCCAACACCAGAUACUGAAGUGCUAAGAGAACCUCCGAAAGCACCGCAUAAGCCGAAAAGAUCCCGUCGAACUUCAGAAGAAAAAUCAAAUAGAGAUCUCGCACAGGAAAAAAUUCUCGUAUCAAAUGACGCAUCAGAGAGUGUAACACCACGAAGAUCCCAUGGAAAGUCGCGUCCAGAAACGGGUCGUUCUAAAUCCGUGCGUUGUUCUCAGUCAAGAUCUUUAUCACAAAUGAACAAUGACAGACCUGUGAGUGCGUCAAAACCUAAUAAAUCCGGAGCAAAAUGA